AUGAGCGCCGAUGAGGACGAGUCUCCCGCACAGGCCGGUGGUGGUUCAGAGGCCCAUGCCCGCGAGGUGGACGCCCGCGCCAUUGUCAGGCUGUUCCAAUGUUCACAGUGCUCGUAUCCUCUCCGAGAGGCGCUGGCAUUACCCUGCGGCAAUGCACUCUGCAAGCCAUGCCUGCCACCGCUAUACAACCGCGGCAACAUCACCUACCCUCCCGCCGAGGGACGGGAAACCGGGUUUUUGUGCCCAUUUCUGGAUUGUGGCUUGGAACAUGCGGUCGGCGACUGCGGAAUGGAUGUGAUUGUGAACAAGAUUACCCAACUCAUCAAGAGCCAGGUCAUGACGACAAACAAGUCUGGGUUGGCCCAAGUCUCUCUACUAUUGCAAGAACAGCUGGACAUGGCAAAGGUCGUCGACAGCGCCAUGGAUAUUAUGCCUAGGUCAAGGGUCCUGCAAGGUGGACGACUGCAUGCGACAUACAAGCUGGCAGAUAUGGGCGAACUCGACUACACGUCGGAUGUUUUAUAUACCCCGAUCGACACGGACUCUUCCGAGACGGUCCGUUUACUCGACCUGGCGGCCCUAGAAAUCUUUCAGGAGUUGGCCCGCCCGGAGCUUGAGUGCCAGGUUUGUUACCAGUUGAUGCUCGACCCGGUAACCACAUCUUGUGGCCAUACCUUCUGCCGGGUAUGCUUUGGGCGUGCCAUGGAGCAUUCAAGUUAUUGUCCCAUGUGUCGUCGAAAACUGCCCGGUCCGGCGGGGUCUCCCUCCAUGUCAAGCAACAAGUUGCUCACCAAUCUCAUGCAAUGUUUGCUACCCAAUCAGCUCGCCGCGCGCAAGGCCAUAGCGGAAGAGGAGGAGAGGGUGGACGAUGAGAACCGACUGCCUCUUUUCCCGUGUACCUUGGCAUUCCCCCAAAUGCCUACCUUCCUACAUAUUUUCGAGCCACGGUAUCGUCGGAUGGUGAGAAGAGUGAUGGACAACGGAUCUCGCAAAUUUGGCAUGUUGAUGUACAGACCGCAGUCCUAUAUCAAUCCACUAGGACCCGACAUACCCCGUUUCCAGCCGAUCGGGACAGUCCUGUACAUUGAACGGAUCGAGACACUCCCGGACGGUCGCAGUUUGAUCGAAACCAGGGGACUGUACAAGUUCCAAGUGUUGGACACGGACGUCUAUGAUGGGUAUCUGAUUGGUCGGGUCGAACGCGUGGACGACAUUCCCAUCCGCGAAGAAGAGCUGAGGGAGGCUUCAGAGACAUCUGGAGACCCCUUGCCGGGGGAGAGCGAGGCUGGGCGAAUUCGUCGACUGUCUACUCAAGGUCUGCUCGAGUAUGGGUUGAGCUUCGUGGAGCAAGCCCGAGGUCGAUCGGCGCGGUGGCUGCACCAACGGGUGUUUGCGGCUUAUGGCGAGCCCUCGACAGACCCAGCAGUCUUCCCCUACUGGCUUGCAAGCGUGUUGCCGAUUGCCGAACAAGAAAAAUACCAACUGUUGCCCACUACGAGCGUUCGGGAGCGAUUGAAAAUUACGACGUUGUGGAUUGAGAGGUUGGAACGGGCCAGAUGGUGA